UCGCGUCUUCUCCUUCUCCUUCUCCUUCUCCUUCCUCGACGCUCCCUCCUCCUUCCCCCCCCUUCUGUAACAUCCCGCUUCUCCGACUCCCUUUCUGUUAAUCAUCUGUCUUUCUACGAAGUUGCGAUUUCUUUCUUUCUCAAAGGUUUGUCCUCGGGAUUUUUUUCAGAAACAAACUUAGAAGAGAAAAAAUUGAAUUUUCCCGAAAGCCAGGUGUUUUCAGAAUCGAGAUCCAGGAGCCCCCUGUUUUCUCUUUCUUUUGUUGGGUUUUGUUUUUUCAUUUGAAUCGGCCGAGAGGGUGAUUUUUGGUCCCUCCCAGGUUGAUCUCUAGGUGUUCUUGGAGUGACAGAGGUUGUGUAUUUGUUAACCUCUUGAACCUUGUGAAAAAAAAAAUUCUUCUUUUUUCGUUCUUUCUUGUAAAGCUUGCAGAUUUCCAGGUGUUAUUAUGGCAGCUACCAUGGAGUUCUACAGUAGUAGGUCGGCUCUCCCGUCGUAUCCAUUUUCCAACGGCGGUGAUGAGCUGAUGGAAGCUCUCUGCCCUUUCAUCGGCGGCAACGGUGUUUCCACAUCUACCCCUUCUGUUUCCUCCCUCUCCUCCCCUUCUUCUCUCUUCUCUUUUGAGCCCGUGUCGUACCCAGAUGGUUGCUCGGUCCGGCCGAACCUACUCGGCCUCGAGCUACCCGGUCCGAUCGGGCUCAACCACCUCACCCCAUCUCAGAUCAACCAGAUCCAAGCACAGAUGCAGUUCCCAAGCCCCAGCGUGCCCUCCUACCGCAGCUACAACUACCACCCCAACAUGCUCCUGGGCCCGAAGCCCGUGUCCAUGAAGGUCUCGGGCUCGACGGCCAAACCGGCCACGAAGCUGUACCGGGGCGUGAGGCAGAGGCACUGGGGCAAGUGGGUCGCCGAGAUCCGGUUGCCCAAGAACAGGACCCGGCUCUGGCUCGGCACCUUCGACACAGCGGAGGAAGCCGCCCUCGCAUACGACAGGGCCGCCUACAAGCUGAGGGGCGACUUCGCCCGGCUAAACUUCCCCCAUCUCAAGAACUGCGCCUCGGCCGACCUCGGCGACGGAAGCUUCAAGCCGCUGCACUCGGCGGUCGACGCGAAGCUGGAGGCCAUCUGCCAGACCCUCGCCGAGAAGCAAGCCGACGGCGCCAAGAAGCCCACGGCCUCAGGCCGGUCCCGAGCCACCGCAGCGGCAGCCGCAGCCGCAGCGGCCGCUGCCGCGCGGGAGGCUUCUUCGGCCGAGGUCUCGGAGGCGACGGAGGUGAAGGGAUCCGAACCAGAGAGCGAAGGGUCGGCGGGGUCGUCGCCGCUGUCGGAUCUGACGUUCGACGACUUCGCGGAGACGACGUGGGAGUGCAUAUCGUUUACGGAGACGUCGACCUUGGAGAAGUAUCCGUCGGAGAUCGACUGGGACGCAAUCUGAUGU